AUGUCUAACCUGCUCCACAGGCUGUCAUUCCUGAUUUACAGGUGUGUCCGGCUUGGUCCUAGGGGCGUGGAAUGUGCAGAAGCAGGAGGAAACAAAAGUGGAAACUCUGAAGAUCAACAGCAAGGCCAGGUCCUGGUGUGGUGGCACGACAUGGUAGUCAACGUCAAAAUGGCGGACAUGAGCGCCCUUGCGCCCUUUGCCCAGGAUGAAGAGGCCUACCGUCGACCUUUGCACCACCCCGGUAUGACCGCAACUUCACGGCAAUUCAGCGAUACGUCAGCUGGGCAGGAUGCACUGGCGUUGUGGGGAGUACCAUUGCCUCCACAGUAUCUUCCUCGUACUUCACAUCCAUCAUCCCCAACAUCUUCUAUUCACUCGAUAUAUACCCAAUAUGACCCUAAUUGGUGUACUGUCGUUCCCUCAUAG